AUAGCAAAGGACGCCGUACGUACAGGCAGCGGCGCCACGCACCGGCGGCUAAUCCACGGGCCGUGCAAGUCCUAUAAAAACCACCGCGAGUGCCGCCAACCACACCGCACCACACACCUCUCGCUCGGCCCUUUGGCUCUAGCUGGCUAGCUCUGCUAUCGAGCAGUAACUUCGCGGCAGCAGCGACGGCGAGAAGGCGGCUGCGGUUGGGCCGCCGGCGAGGGAGCUGCCAUCAUCAUGCAAGGGGACCAGGCGGAGAAGAGGGGGAAGGUGAAGAAGGGGUGGCUGGCGGUGCGGGUCGGCCAGGCGGAGCAGCAGGGCGACGGGUUCCGGCGGUUCGUCAUCCCCAUCGCCUACCUCUACCACCCGCUCUUCCAGCGGCUGCUGGAGGCGGCGCGGGACACGUACGGCUACGACUCGGCCGGCCCGCUCCGGCUGCCCUGCUCCGUCGACGAGUUCCUCCGCCUGCGCGCGCUCGUCGACCGGGAGACGGCGCACUCCCACUCCUCCUCCUCGCACCGCGUGCACGCCGGCGCCCACCCGGAGCAGGGCUACUCCUUUUCCCCGUGCGCCCGCGCAAAGAUCACCUCCUGAUCAACCAUCCAUCGUCCAGCCCCGGCCGGCCGACUCUCGCCUGUAGAGCACCGGAGCGCUCGAGCGGCGGGAGCCCAUCCACUCAUAUGCCUGGAGACGACAGUCACACAUGUACACGUACAUAGAGAGGGAGAGAGAUACCAGAUACAGAGACGCAUGAGAGGCAGCAGUAGGUGAUUUGUCAGUUAUACCGGCGAGAGCUCUCUAACACUGACCAAGAUUGGAUUGGUCCUUUUUUGUGUUGAUUGGUACCGGGUGACCACAUGAAGAUUGCUGAAGUUAAUUUCUAGGUUCCUAAA